UAGCAUCAAAGUUAAGUCUUUUUUUGUUUGUAUAAAAACGCAUCCCAUUUCUUACCAACUUCUUCAUAUCCUUUCUUUAACCAAUACUUCUUCAGAUAUUAAUCCCAAUGGCCUCUCUCAAUACUUCCGAGUACCCAUACUUUCCUUUUCCGCCUUAUCAUCCUUUCUGGCCGCCUCUCCCACCGCCGCACAACCCUAUUGCUCCGCCAUAUAAGCCAGUUAGGCCGCCCCCGCCUCGACAACCAACUGCUCCUCCGCCCCCACGUAAGCCAAUUGUGCCCCCUCCGCCCCCACGUAAGCCAAUUGUGCCCUCUCCGCCGCCCCCUCAAAAGCCGAAUGCUCCUCCGCCACCACACAAGCCUAUUGUGCCCCCGACUAUGCCUCCGCCCCCGCGCAAGCCAAUUGUGUCCCCUCCUCCUCCGCCCUCUCAGAAGCCGACUGCUCCUCCGCCACCACGCAAGCCUAUUGCGCCCCCGACUGCUCCUCCGCCACCACGCAAGCCUAUUGCGCCCCCAACUGCUCCUCCGCCACCACACAAGCCUAUUGCGCCCCCGACUGCGCCUCCGCCCCCGCGCAAGCCAAUCGUGCCCUCUCCGCCACCUCAGAAGCCGACUGCUCCUCCACCGCCACGCAAGCCAAUAGUACCUCCACCUCCACAUAAGCCAACUGCCCCUCCACCACCACGCAAACCAAUUGCGCCUCCGCCUCCCAAAAAGCCAGUUGCUCCUCCACCACCACGUAAGCCAAUUACACCACCACCACCACACAAGCCAAUUGCUCCACCAACACCAUACAAGCCCAUAUCUCCACCAUCUCCAAUGCUUCCGCCGCCACCUCCUCCUUCUAACCACCACCCGACAGUGAUCAUCAUAGUGUGUGUGUCCAUGGGUGGGCUCUUCCUGCUUGCAUUCAUGGCAGCUGCCUUCUUCUGCUUCGUGAAAAAGAGAAAGGAGAAAACCAUUGAAGAAACAGAGAUCAUCCACAUUGACGAACACAGGAAGAUCAAAGAGGCCAUAGUUGCAGGACCCCAUGGAUCAUGCGAAACUACGGUGCUAUCAGUUGAAGAUGACAUCCACAUAACUGAAGAAAUCGUAAGGAGCGAGAAGGUUGGUGAAAAAGGGUUACAUGGUACGCAUGAAGCAGGCGAUCCAAGCUCCAUAGAAGAGCCACAGCCUGCAUCUUCCACUCAUCAAAAUCAUUCCUGAGCACAAAAGUUCAUCAUUUUAAAAAAUUGAAUAAAAUAAACAAAACCCAAUUAAAUAAAUAUUAUGAUUAUCCCA